AUGCUUUCACUUUGUAAAUAUUUUCUCGUUAAUGAUUUGAUGAUGUUUCUUCAAGAUAUGUUUUACUUUCUCUCAUUUCAAAUUUCCAUUUUUCGCCUUGUCUCUCUUUAUAGGUUCUCUUUAACUUUUCAUCUACCAUCUUUUUUUCUUUUCCCUCUUUUUUGCACAUCGACUUUUUCCUUCACUUUCUCUCUCUCUCUCUCUCUCUCUCUCUCUUUCGCUGUUGUCUUCUCUUUUUUACUUAACUUCUUUUGUUCUCUUUCAUUCUCUUUUCAUUUUUUAAUAAUUUCUCAUCUUUCUCUCUUUCCCCAUUUUUGUACUUUCACCCAUUUUCCUUGUCUUUCUCACUUUCCUUCUCUUUCUCACUUUCCUUCUCUUUCUCUCUUUCCUUCUCUUUCUCACUUCCCUUCUCUUUCUCUCUUUCCUUCUCUUUCUCACUUUCCUUUGUAUAUAUCUAUCUCUUUAUCUUGUCCUCACUCUUUCUUUCGCUUCCUCUCUUUCAUUCUCUUUCUGUUUUUCUUUCUCUAUCUCUGCAUCUCUUUUUUCCAUAACCUGUUUUUCUUACUCGUCUCCAUUUUUAUUCUUUCAAUUAUUUUUUCUCUUUCUAUUUCCAUCACUUUCUCUUUUUUUUCUUCUAUUUAUCUCUUUUUUUUUAUUUUCAUUUCACUUACUUUCACACUUUUAACCUCUUUUUUCUUCUGUUUCUCACUUUCUUUCGUUUUCUCUUCGUCUCUUUUAAUCUUUUCCUUUCCUUUUCUCACUAUCUUCUCUCUUUUUCCUUCUUUACCCUCUCUUCCAUUCACUUUAUCUCUAUUGAAUCUUUCUUUCUUCUUUUCUAUAUUUUUCUUCUCCUCCUCUCAUUUUAUCCUUCUUCCUAUUCUCACCCCUCUUUCUUUCUCUUUCUACCUAACACUUUUCAUGCAUUUUCAUUUAUUUCCUAAUCCUUCUUAA